AUGGUUCUUGCUGCUCGUGGUGGGCAAGCAGCCUCUCUGCUGCGCCAGCGCUGCCUCGCUGGGGCUCGCCCUGCGCUGCGCCCAUUCUCCUCGGCCUCGUCCUCCUCUCUCCGCUCCGUGACCGCAUCCCCAACCGCGACUCUCCGCCUGCAGAAGCUCACGCCCGCCCGCUCCAACCAGCUGCGCUCCUUCUCGACGACAUUGCACCGUCUCGCUGCGGAGGCCCAGACUCCCCCCCAGGCCGAGUCUUAUCUCGCCAGCGGCGUGGUCAAGCCCGGCAGCAACCUCGUCGAUGUGAAGAAGGUGCUGGUCAUCGGUAGUGGUGGUCUGAGCAUUGGUCAGGCUGGAGAGUUUGAUUAUUCUGGUUCCCAGGCACUUAAGGCCCUCAAAGAGGCCGGCGUCCAGUCGGUCCUGAUCAACCCCAACAUCGCCACCAUCCAGACCGACCACAAGCUCGCCGAUGAGGUCUACUACCUACCCGUCACCCCGGAGUACGUCACCCAUGUCAUUGAGCGCGAGCGGCCCGAUGGCAUCCUGCUCACCUUCGGUGGCCAGACCGGCCUGAACCUGGGUGUGCAGAUGAACCGCAUGGGUCUCUUCGAGCGCUACGGCGUCAAGGUGCUCGGCACUAGCAUCCAGACCCUGGAGACCAGUGAGGACCGUGACUUGUUCGCCAAGGCCCUGAACGAGAUCAACAUCCCCAUCGCCGAGUCAAUUGCUGUCGGAACCGUCGACGAGGCCCUGCAGGCGGCCGAGACAGUUGGCUACCCCAUCAUCGUCCGGUCUGCCUAUGCUUUGGGUGUCUCUCACUCUCUCCCCCAGAUCCUGGUCGAGAAGUCCCUCAAGGGCUGGAAGGAGGUCGAGUAUGAGGUUGUCCGUGAUGCCGCCAACAACUGUAUCACCGUCUGCAACAUGGAGAACUUCGACCCUCUGGGUAUCCACACUGGUGACAGUAUCGUCGUGGCCCCGAGUCAGACUCUGUCGGACGAGGAAUACCACAUGCUCCGUACCGCUGCCAUCAAGAUCGUCCGUCACUUGGGAGUCGUUGGCGAGUGCAACGUCCAGUACGCUCUGCAGCCCGAUGGCCUCGACUACCGUGUCAUUGAGGUCAACGCCCGUCUCUCCCGCUCAUCUGCUCUGGCCUCCAAGGCGACUGGUUACCCGCUCGCCUACACCGCCGCCAAGAUCGGUCUGGGCCACACUCUGCCCGAACUCCCCAAUGCCGUGACCAAGACCACCACGGCCAACUUCGAACCCAGCUUGGAUUACAUUGUCACCAAGAUCCCCCGAUGGGAUUUGAGCAAGUUCCAGCACGUCAACCGUGACAUUGGCAGCGCCAUGAAGUCGGUUGGUGAGGUCAUGGCGAUUGGCCGUACCUUUGAGGAGUCCCUGCAGAAGGCUAUCCGCCAAGUUGACCCCAAGUACAUUGGUCUCCAGGGUGACCACUUCGAGAACCUCGACGAGGUUCUGCAGAACCCGACUGACCGCCGGUGGUUGGCCGUCGGCCAGGCCAUGCUCCACGAGAAUUACUCCGUGGACAAGGUGCACGACCUGACCAAGAUCGACAAGUGGUUCCUGUACAAGAUCCAGAACAUUGUGGACUGCCACAAUGAGCUCAAGGAGAUUGGAAGCCUCUUCGGCAUCAAGAAGGAGAUCAUGAUGAAGGCCAAGAAGCUUGGUUUCUCCGACAAGCAGAUUUCUCUCCUGGUUGGCUCGACUGAGGAUGAUGUCCGCGCUCGCCGCAAGUCCUUCGGUGUCACCCCGUGGGUCAAGAAGAUCGAUACCCUGGCUGCCGAGUUCCCCGCGGACACCAACUACCUCUACACCACGUACAACGCCACCUCGCACGAUGUGACCUUUGAUGACCACGGCACCAUCAUUCUGGGCAGCGGUGUGUACCGUAUCGGUAGCUCUGUCGAGUUCGAUUGGUGCGCUGUCAACGCUACGCUCUCCCUCCGCAACAUGGGCAAGAAGACCGUUAUGAUCAACUACAACCCGGAGACCUACUCGACCGACUUUGACACUGCCGACAAGCUUUACUUCGAGGAGCUGAGCUACGAGCGUGUGAUGGAUAUCUACGAGCUCGAGGCUGCCAGCGGUGUUGUCGUGUCUGUCGGUGGCCAGCUGCCGCAGAACAUUGCUCUUCGCCUGCAGGAGAAGGGUGGUGCUCACGUUCUUGGCACGAACCCCGAGGACAUUGACAAGGCCGAGGACCGUCACAAGUUCUCCCAGAUCCUGGACAGCAUUGGUGUCGACCAGCCCGCCUGGAAGGAGUUGACCUCCGUUGCUGAGGCCGAGCGCUUUGCCGAGUCUGUUGGAUACCCCGUCCUCGUCCGCCCGAGUUACGUCCUGUCCGGUGCCGCCAUGAACGUCAUUUACAGUGUUGACGAGUUGAAGGAGAAGCUCCUCAACGCUAGCGCUGUCUCCCCGGACCACCCGGUUGUCAUCACCAAGUUCAUCGAAGGUGCUGAGGAGAUUGAUGUCGACGCUGUCGCCUCCAACGGCAAGCUUCUACUGCACGCCGUCAGCGAGCACAUCGAGCCCGCUGGUGUCCACUCUGGCGACGCCACUCUCGUUCUGCCCCCCGCCAACCUGGAAGAAAGCAUCAUGGCCCGCGUGAAGGAGAUUGCCGAGAAGGUCGCCAAGGCCUGGAACAUCACCGGUCCCUUCAACAUGCAGAUCAUCAAGGCCGACCAGGAGGGCGCCGAGGCCCAGCUCAAGGUCAUCGAGUGCAACCUGCGCGCCUCGCGCUCCUUCCCCUUCGUCAGCAAGGUCCUAGGCACGAACUUCAUCGACGUCGCCACCAAGGCCAUCGUUGGCCGCGACGUCCCCGAGCCCGUUGACCUCAUGCAAGAGAAGCGCGACUACCUCGCAACCAAGGUUCCGCAGUUCAGCUGGACUCGUCUAGCCGGCGCAGACCCCUUCCUAGGCGUGGAAAUGUCGUCGACCGGUGAAAUCGCCUGUUUCGGCAAAGAUCUCAUCGAGGCCUACUGGGCGUCUCUGCAGUCGACCAUGAACUUCCGCAUGCCCGAGCCCGGUGAGGGCAUCUUGUUGGGUGGAGAUAUCCACCAGCCCACCCUCGCCAAGAUCGUCGAGUACCUCCAGCCCUUGGGUUACAAGUUCUUUGCUGCCAGCCCCGAGGUCAAGGAUCACAUCGAAUCGUCCGCCAAGGAAGCCGUCUCUGUGCAGGUGAUUGAGUUUCCCAAGCAGGAUAAGCGCGCUCUGCGUGAGGUCUUCCAGAAGUAUGAUAUCCGGGGCUGCUUCAAUGUUGCCAAGACUCGUGGCAAGACCCUCCUCGAUGAGGACUAUGUUAUGCGCCGGAAUGCGGUUGACUUUGGUGUGCCUCUGUUCAUGGAGCCCAAGACUGCCCUCCUUUUCGCUCAGUGCAUGAACCAGAAACUCCCCCGCCAAGAAGGCAUCCCCAGCGAGGUCCGCAGUUGGUCUAACUUCGUGGGCGGCAAACUGCUGUAA